AUGGAGAACUGUCAGCCCCAAUUCGAGUGUCCUGACCAAUGGACAGAAUUCCACCAAAAAUGUUACUACUUUUCACCAAACACAGAAGAUUGGUCAACAUCGCAGAAAUUCUGCUUAUCGAAGAUGUCCAAUCUGGUUGUUAUUAACAGUGCCGAGGAACAGGGAUUUUUGAAUAAAGGAAUUGAAUCAAAUCGACACUGGAUUGGACUCAACGAGACAAAUAACAUGGAUAAUUGGGGUUGGGUGGAUGGAACACAAUAUAAUACUACAUUCAAGUUUUGGGCCCCCGGUGAACCAAAAGACCUUGGGAGUUAUGAAGCUUGUGGCGGUAUGAAGAGUGAUGGGAGAUGGAAUGUCUACUCGUGUAGUCAGAAACUGAACUACAUUUGUGAACGCCCAGUUUUCUGUCAUUUCAAAUAACGUGCUGUCCAGACAUUAGGGAAAAACCUGAACUUAUUUUUGUUUCCAUGUCUACCUUCUGAUUUUAGAUAUGAAUCUUGGCCUCAUCAAUCAGGCUAACUCCCCUGCCCAAGGUACAAUAACCUCUCAUCUUUUUAAUUUCAGUUGUUCAAAAUACCAAAACAAACAGCACAUCUUACCCCUAUCUUUAAGGCACAUCAGAAAGAAAUACCUGACAGAAUUUAAUUCUGCCUGUUUUUUUUCCUGCCUAGAAAACUUAUUUCAACCAAUUUUAUUGUAUUAUUCUGCUUAAUGUCAUGCUAUAGUAAUUGUCUGAACCAGGAAUGUAUGUAUCUGUGAGAAUUUUACAUUUUCUACUCAAUGUCCACUCUGCCAGAGAUGAGCAUGCGCUAUAAAUUUUGAACACCAGCCACUUCAUGGCAAGCUUAACUUUCUGUUUGUAUUCACCCUCCUCAAGUAUUUUCCAAGUUGCAGAUCUUUUUUGGGGAAUCAAAGCAAAGAAGGGCUGCCACAGCUAUCUAAUGACACCUCCUCCCUGCUCUGAGGCACCAGGGCAUUUUUGCCCUUCACCUUUUGAAUUCUGGAGCCCAGGCUGUGAGUGUUAGUUACGCAGGAACGAAACAUCAGCUGACUCCACUGCAAAAUCCUCCCUGAUGCCUUUUCUCGUUUUGAAUCUGGAAUAGCCCCUCUAUGUGAUAAAUGUGUGCAAGAAUUUAAACCUUUGCUUGUUUGGAAUGUUUACAGUGUGGAUCAGACCACUUCAAAUAAAACAAAAUACAGUUCUUUCA